GUGAUAUCAAGAUUAUCGAACAAAUCUACAGUCUCCCAGGUGAUAUCAAGAUUAUCGAACAAAUCUACAGUCUCCCAGUCAGAGCCCAAGGGAAAUGGCAGCAUCAACAAGAGACUCCCAUCCAUUGUGGAAGAUGAGGAAGAGGAGGAGGAGCAGGAGGAAGAGGAGACAGCCUCCCUCUCUCCCAUCUGCACAAGGGGAUCCUCUUCUUCAUGCAGCAAGAAGGUUGGAAGCAGUAAGAGCUAUCUAGGCUUAAGCUUAAAGCAGCUGGCCUCAGGAACAGUGCCAUUUCACUCACCUAUCAGAGUCUCCAGUUCAAAUUCCCCCAAAAUCAAUCUGGAAAUGGACCCCCCUAACCAUGGUAAAAGGAAAGAGAAGAACCUGAAGUUGCAGCUCUCAACUUUGAAUAGUGCUGGCCCCCCAGACCUCAGUCCAAGGAUUGUUGAUGGAAUUGAAGAUGGAAACAGCAGUGAAGAAAGUCAGACUUUUGACUUUGGCUCUGAACGGAUCAGACCAGAGCUCAGAAUUUCUCCUCCUCUUGGAGACCCGGACAUUGGAGCUGCUGUUCUCUUCAUCAAGGCAGAGGAGACCAAGCAGCAGAUAAACAAACUCAACAGUGAGGUAACAACCUUGACUCAGGAGGUCUCCCAGUUAGGUAAAGACAUGAGGAAUGUGAUGCAGCUUCUGGAAAAUGUUCUGUCAUCUCAACAGCCACCACGAUUUUGCUCUCUGUACACCACCUCUGUGUGUCCCUCCAGGGAGAGCUUACAGACCAGGAUGAGCUGGAGUGCGCACCAACCUUGCCUACACUUGCAAACAGGUGGGGCUGCUUAUACUCAAGCACAACUUUGUCAUGGCAAUGUCACCUCAGACAUUUGGAGUGUGGAUCCCUCCUCUGUGGGGAGCAGCCCCCAACAAACUGGAGCUCAUGAGCAAAAUCCUGCAGACAGUGCACUUUAUAAUUCUCCAAACCUUGAUUAUUCACCUUCCCACUACCAGGUUGUCCAAGAAGGUCAUUUGCAAUUUUUAAGGUGCAUCUCUCCACAUUCAGAUACUACAUUGACGCCUCUGCAGUCUAUUUCAGCGACUCUCUCAUCCUCUGUCUGCUCCUCCUCAGAAGCAUCUUUGCACCUGGUUCUCCCAAGCAGAUCAGAGGAGGGCAGCUUCGGACAGGGAGCUGUUAGUUCCUUCAGUCUGGAAAACUUGCCAGGAUCUUGGGACCGAGAAGGAAUGGCAUCAGUCUCUACCAAGCCCUUGGAGAACUUUCCAUUGGAAAUUGUCACAAGCACAGCAGAAGUGAAAGAUAACAAAGCCAUAAAUGUAUGA